UUCACUACACUAACAUUACUUUGAUAGUCUAAAAGCUAAUGUUGUCACUGAGACUUUGCUUCUCUUCUUUAGCCACUCACAGUCACAGCACCGUUUCAUGUUCUUCGCGGAGAUUCUUGUUUUUGGUUCCGCGUCAAAUACUCAACACCACCCUAUGCCACAGCUCCAGAAAAUUUUGUUGCUGCUAUGGGAAACCCACUAAGCAAAAUGGGUUUUUUCCAGUGGCCAGUGACCUUCAAUCUUCCUCUUCUUCCUUCCCCAAAGUUUCUCCCUUUUCAGGAUUGGAGGACGCUGUGGUGAGCUAUUUAUUUGGAAAGAAGAGGGCAACUGACGUUGCUCACAUGGUGUGGAAACAUGUUGUCCAGAAAGGAGACACUGUCAUUGAUGCCACUUGUGGCAAUGGUUUUGACACCUUAGAAAUGCUUAAUUUGGUUGCUGAUGAUUCUCAUUAUGGUUAUGUAUAUGCAUUAGACAUUCAGAAAGAUGCUAUAGAUAAUACUUCACUCUUGCUGGAAAAAUCACUUAAUUCCAAUGAGAAACAACUAGUCAAGCUGUUCAAUAUCUGCCAUAGUAAAAUGGAGGAUGUUGUUCCAAGGAAUGCCUCGGUUAGCUAUCUUAAUGUGCUGUAUAGGCUUGUUGCAUUCAACUUGGGUUAUCUUCCAGGUGGUGACAAAGAGAUAAUAACAAGAUCAGAAACAACACUACUGGCAUUAGAAGCUGCAGAGAGAGUUUUAAUGCCAGGAGGGCUUAUCAGCAUAGUGGUUUAUGUGGGGCACCCUGGUGGAAGGGAAGAAUUAGAAGCUGUUGAAUCUUUUGCCGCUAGAUUGUGUGUUGAGAAUUGGAUCUGCUGCAAGAUUCAGAUGUUAAACCGGCCUUUUGCUCCAAUACCAAUUUUCUUAUACAGAAGAUAAUAUUUAUUCAACCAAAGUGAUUGACUUUAUCAAAGGCUUCAUCCAUUUGAUUUCUCCCAGUCCAGCAUUAUGUGGGUAGUUGAAUUCAUCUUAACAUUUUUGUUUCUGAGGUUAUACUGACAUCAACAAAUUAUCUUAGUUGUAUUGCCCUUAGUCUUUUUAAGUAAGUCUUAAAUUCAAAUAUUGUAGAUUGAAAAAAUUGUAGUUGAGGGGCGAGAUUUUACUGUAAGUGAUUUGCUGUGUUCAUUAGUGAUUAGUUAUUGAUGAAGUUGGUAUUACUUCAAAUCAAUAACAUAAUUAAAAAAAUAUAGUAUAUAAAUAAGCUUUCCAAUUUUUGUAACUGACUUGUAA